UCAGCGGACGAAUCCAAGCCAAGCGGAGCAGCUGUUUAUCGCGUCGUCGCCAUUGUUGUUUGCUCUCUCGUUCUCGCGUUCCCUUCCAGUCUCGCUCGAUUCUCGUGGCGCGUGGACGUUUGCGUAGCGCCAGGAAAUAUAUCACGGUUUCCUUCUUUGUCCAGAAAUUGUGAUCUGGAAACGAAGGAGCAAGCUCGUGCUUGCGUACACGUUUGAAAACUUACCGUUGCGUGUGUGAAAUAACUGGUGAAAUCUGCUGGUGUAUCCCGUCGUGUGUGUGCGUUCAGUGAUUCCCGCAUAGUCGUUCGAGCAUGAAUAAUAAAGAAGCAGCCGGUGAUCUCGUCGCGUGGAUCUCGGGUGCGAGCUGGUGACAGGAGCGGAGUGCGGGUGUCGUGAGGUCCCUGUGAUGAGUCUGCGGUGACGGCUCGCCGCGGAGCGGUUGGAUGGCGGCAGUGACCGGCCCCGCGCGGCACUCUCGCGUGUCAAUGAGUGUGUCAAUGUCGCUGAUGCAGGGCGGAACGCCGACCGCGUCGCAGGGCGCCAUCCUGGCGGCGGCGGCGCCCUACUACCAGACGCCGGCCAUCCCCUCGGAUGUUCAGCCCGACCGGCCGAUCGGGUACGGCGCCUUCGGUGUCGUAUGGGCGGUGACGGACCCGCGCGACGGCCGGCGCGUGGCACUGAAGAAGCUGCCCAACGUUUUCCAGUCACUCGUCUCCUCCAAGCGCGUCUUUCGCGAGCUCAAGAUGCUGUGCUUCUUCAAACAUGAAAACGUACUAUCGGCGUUAGACAUCCUUCAGCCGCCCACGUUAGACUUCUUCCAAGAAAUAUACGUGAUCACGGAACUGCUACAGAGCGACCUGCACAAGAUCAUCGUGUCGCCGCAACACCUCUCCGCAGACCACAUCAAAGUCUUCCUCUACCAAAUACUCAGAGGUCUAAAGUAUCUACACUCGGCUCGGAUCCUGCACCGCGACAUCAAGCCCGGCAACCUCUUGGUGAACAGCAACUGCGUGCUGAAGAUAUGCGACUUCGGGCUCGCCAGGGUCGAGGAGCCGGACGCCAGCAAGAACAUGACGCAGGAGGUGGUCACGCAGUACUACAGGGCACCUGAGAUCCUAAUGGGCGCCAACCACUACACGGCGGCCGUGGACGUGUGGUCGGUCGGCUGUAUAUUCGGCGAGCUGCUCGGCAGGAGGAUCCUUUUCCAGGCUCAGAGUCCAGUGCAACAGUUGGAGUUGAUAACGGAGCUGCUAGGCACGCCGUCGCUGGAGGACAUGCGGCACGCGUGCGCGGGCGCGCGCGCGCACAUGCUGCGCCGCGCGCCGCGCCCGCCCGCGCUGGCCGCGCUCUACACGCUGUCCGUGCAGGCCACGCACGAGGCCGUGCAUCUGCUCGCUCAGAUGCUAGUAUUCGACCCGGCGAAGCGCAUCUCGGUGGUGGACGCGCUGGCGCACCCGUACCUGGAGGAGGGGCGGCUGCGCUACCACUCGUGCAUGUGCCUGUGCUGCUACAGCGCGCCGCCGGCCGCGCGCCACUACUCGCCCGACCUGGAGCCCGUGGCGCAGCAGCCCUUCCACGACGGCUGGGAGCGCAAGCUCACCUCCGUGCACCAGGUCAAAGAGGAAAUCCACAAGUUCAUAGCGGAGCAGCUGCAAACGUCCCGCGUACCGCUGUGCAUCAACCCGCAGUCCGCGGCGUUCAAGAGCUUCGCAAGCUCCACGGUGGCGCACCCCAGCGAGCUGCCCGUCGCCGCACCAGUGGGAAUGACCCGACCACAAGCGGCGCGCCCUCUACACCACCACGCGAUAACCACACACGUCACACAGGACAGGGGCUAACGUGCCGUGCGGGUUUUGACGACUCGGAGUGACGUACGAGUUACGCGGUUUGAGAACUAAAUCGAAACGCGGGGCGUAUAUAGCCUGUUCAUUGGCGACUCUGGGUAUCGGAGAUCUACGAUCGAUGGAACAUUCUACGGUUCUCAUGAGACCGCUACGAAAAUACGGUGUCAAAAAUCCGCAGUGCAUUAAAAACCCCGAAGGAUCCGGUCGCGUCGCGUUCCAACGGUGAUACGAAAUGAAUUAAUUGUAAUUAAAAAGAAAAGUUUCUUUUUAGCGAACAUUUCCUAUGUUUUAAAAUAAGAAUGUGAUAGAACGCGGCGUAGUUUUUCUUCUUUGUUUAGAUCCAUCGCGUGAUCUUAGUAAACGUUCUGUGCUGAUGCUGAUACAAUUUUUGUGCUUGUUAUUUUAAUGUCAAAUUUUGAUUUUAUGUACAAAAAAUGAUGAAGUAACCUUAGUAAAUUUUAAUCGGCACAGAAUGAACUAGUCCUUUCGCUAGAUUGUGUUUAAAGAUUCCUUUGAUUUGCUUUCUAAUAAAACUGUAAUCGAUAGCUAUCUGUAACUAAAAUGUAAAAAACCGCACCAUACCUCAUCGCGAUAAUGUUAUAGAAGCGCAUUCGUGUUAGAUGUAAUCUUUAUCCCUAUAAUUAAAAUUCCUGCACGAAUUGUUAUAAAAAGUUUCCGUUUUGGGGUUACAACUGUAGCAAAACAUUUAGUAGAAUCGCAGCGAGACUCCUUAUCAAUUAGAAAUGAUAAUGUACAUUCUGGUUAUGCUACAGUUGUCACCACAUUAAAUGUCGAAAAUCUUAUCACAAAUUAAAACUCUUCAUAACAUUCGUGCAGUCGUGAAAGCAAAACGAGGGUCUAUCAACGCUACAUGUGACGUCACUCUACCAAAUAUAUAUUUUGUCCUAUUUACUUAGCGUAGAGUAUAGCGUCGUGUGGGUAGUUUAGCUUAGAUUGGAGAACGAAUCGGCGAGCGGACAAGUCAACUGCGACACAACGAAAGUCGCCUCGACGACAUACGAAUAAGUCAUCUGUUAAGUGAAAAGGACACAGUGAAAUAUAAGUGAAGCUUCGGCUUAAUGAACUAUGUAGGAGUACCUACUCACGCUCGAAGUUAGAUGACUUGGUAAAGGUACGAAUGGUAUCUUGGCAUUGAAAUCAAGAUGCCCUUUAGACUAGUUAUGUUCAUUCAUUUAGCGAUUCCAUGUAAUUAUACAUUUGUAUGUAAUUAAUGUGUAGGUUUCAUUGUGUGCCUCAUUGUGUUUCGUAUGGACAUUGCUAGCAAUAAAUGUUGCAAUAUAAUUAAUUAUUAAUGCGUAAUAAUCGAUUUGAAUUUGAUUUUGUGUGACCGAAUUAUUGGAGUAUUGAUUUGUUUGUGUUCUGUACGUUUGAUAUGUCAUGGGAAGGGUGUUGGGCGGCGCGUACUUAACGUGCUGCAGUUGUGAGACGGACACGCGACGAAUCUCGGCCGCCAGCGCCUCUUCCUCACCUACUUGUAACAUAAUAUUGUAUCUUAAGCUUACUCCUAAACACCAUUGUAUGUAACAUCGACUGAACAUUUUUACGUAGCUAGGAUAGAUAGAAUUAGAAGUAUUAAAACUACUAACCCGCUCUAUACGACAAGUAUAUAAAUAGAUGAAACGAGUUCUCGCGAGUACUAUCGCUGCGGUAGUGAGACGUAUAGGGAAUGUAAAUGUAAUGGAUACGUGUGUAUUUCGAGCAUUUAUAGAUUUAGAGGUUUUGAAUAAGUAUACUGGGGUGUUAGUGGGCGUGCGUCACGUAGUUCGUCAUUGGCGAGUAAUCGUAUGAAUAAUCGUACAGUAAUUAGUUCAAAAUUGAUGUUCUAUUUGUGUUGUCAUUCACGCCGCUAACAUAUGACUAGAAUAGUGACUUUGUGUGAGUGUCGAGAGACGUCGUAGCCUUAAAACUAGUUCAAAACUAUAACAAAGUGAAAAAAAUGUAAAUAAAUCAAAGUAUAGUAUUAUUGUUAGGCCCUAGUAUGGUUUGGGAGGUAAGCCUUGUAGUAAACCCACUCAUGUAUGUACAUAGGUUCCACUGCUUGUUGCAACUGUAGCUUUUUAAAGCAAAAUGAUUUAAUGUACAACUCUUUUUCUUCAAUAAUGUAUUCAAAUAUUGGUUUAGAUCAAUUUGCCAACGAGAAUUAAUAAAUUAUAUGCUUUUUUAUUCAUUCCAUCCAGAUCAUCCAGUACGAUCUAUAUGAUGACUUUUUUCACUAUGAAAAGGUAGUAUCUAUCCUCGGUUGCAGCAAGCAGCUAUAGUUGAAAUUAUUUGUUAUGAACGUGUCGUAACUAAAUUCAUUGUAAUAUCGUAUCUAUUACCUAAACAAGAAGAUUGAUUGUGCAAGUUCAUGGAAUAAUUUCAAGUAUAAAGAAGGUACUGCAGCAGGCUUUAGUCCGUCGUGCGCGGACACCUCUCCUUAGUUAACUAACACUGUGAUCCGCUAGGCGUAAUUAUUGGAACGGGGUCGCUCCAAGCUCAAGCGAUAUUUGGUUAAGAGCACGUAAUAGUCGCGUGAGACGGAUAGUGUUACAUAAUUACAUAUCUAAGUGUUAUAUGUUAUAUCAAAUGUGUGUGAGCUCUCUGUAAGGUCUUGGUCACCAGCCGCCGCCGCGAGCUGCUUAAAGCGUAACUUUGUAUGGAAAGAGCAUUUCUAUAGAACGUGACGUAUUAUGAUAUGAUGUGACGUAUUUUUUUUUAGAUUAUACUUUUCACCAUAACACAAUUUUGAGUUUCUGUUGCACAAUAAUAUGGAACUACAUCCGAUGCGCGACUGUCACCUCAGGGAUGUAGCCAUUGAAAGUUUACCGAUUUAAAGGAAUUUCUAAUGUGAUUCAGUAGAAAAUACUUGCCACAUGCUUGACUCCAACUUAGUAAGCAGUAAGUUACAGAUUGUUACAUAGGUACCUACUUAUAUAUCGCUAUUAGAGCUUGUAGCUGCCUCGAUACACACCCGUAUACAGUAUACUAUGUAUGUACAUAUAGUCAAGUGAUUAUUUCCCGUAUUUACAUAUUAUUGGUUAUAGAAUUCGCUUACCGGUCGACUUUUGUAAGCAAAGUAUAUUGCAGUCUAGUCUCUAACUUUAAAACUACAUGACAUCACAUUUUUAAGUUGAUUUUGAAAUGCCGUAAGGUAUUUUAUUUAUGCAUAGAGCUAGACUGGGGUAUGCUUUAGAUAUAACUUUGUAAUGACGUUCGAUUGGAUGUAUGUAAAUAAGAAUAUAAUAAGUAGACGCAUAGAGGUAUUCGGCGUUUGUAAAAGGUUAGGUGCGUACGCGCACACGCGGCGCCUGCGAACACGCUUCUUAUUUUAUGUCCCGAACAUACUUCAACAUGAUACUUCACUGGAAGAAAUUAUCAUUAAAUUACAUUCGAGAAAAGAUUGAUUAAUAUUCAGUCUACUUUAUUACAUGACGGUGUCAAAUAAAAUCUUAGGAUAGAAGAUACUCGGAAUCUUAUGCACGGCUGGGGUGAAAAUAAGGUCUAUUCGAGUGACAUUCAAAUCUCCACGUAAAUUUAGGUAUGUUUCAAGUGCACUAGUGCCGACUGAUAACCAAAUCGUUUUGCUAGUAGCUCAUUUACUAGGUGACAAAGGUUAGAUUCAAAUUUCUCUCCGGUAUUAUUUUUUUGACACCUUUGUUUAAAAUGUACAAUGUCACGAUACUGAAAACGGUUUAUGAAUACCAGUGGUAAAUUCCUUCCCGGUGGAGUGCGUGGUCCAGUGUGGUCGGGCUUAUGUAAUGUACGUAUCGCGUUUCCAGACUUUCAGAGAUCUCGUAUUGUUUAAGUUCCGCGUACACGACUGUCUUCACAUACACAAGUGACCUUUAGUGUAGUCUAGUUUCCUACUCGACGGCCAGUCCUCGGCUUUUCUACUAUUAUAAUAAUUUACUCGAAUGUAUAAGUCACUUGCGGGCUCGUUCCCGAUUUAAUUCAAUUGUGUAAAUAGUAAUAAUUACAAUAUUUAAGUUUCUUUCAAUAAUGAUCUUAGUUUUUACUCAAUACCUCCACGAUUUAUGGUAUAAUUUUAAUCCUGAUUACUUACUUAUAAAACUUAAAAAAAAAUACAAAAAUGAUAAAAUAUCGCAUUUUCUUGUGAUUCUUUUCUAUUUACCAGUCGUAAUGUACAUAGUAGGUAUUCUGUGCACUGAUAGUCGGUUUUAAGUUACUCUAACUCUAGGUUAAAAUAUCAAAUGGCUGUAUUAAUUCUCGUUAUAUCGCCCAAGACAAAAUGUUCACUUAUAAGACUUAGUAGUUGGAAUGUUCGCUUGAUGUGACCUCUGUCAACGUUUCCUAUGUAUAGUUUGUUUUAGUUUAAUUUUGUAACGGACUGUAGUAUUUAGUUCCGAAAUGUGACAGAGUGUGUAAUGUAAAUAUUAUGAUACGUGUUUCUGUCGUGUACGGAAUUAGUUGCAUUUUACCAUUGUUGCGACCUGCCAAAACUAUUGUAAUAAUUUUGUAGCGUUAUGUUCGCGGCCAAGGCGUUACUGCUGAGCCCUUAUGGACUCUAGAUAGGAGGUAAUAAGGAUCAGUUUGUAACGCGCUGGUCGCGGCGUAGAACGCGAGCAAGCAGCUGUAACAUCGGGCUCGCGAUACUGUAACAAUAAAACUACUGCAUAAUUA